AUGGUUGGUGGUGACAGCAGAGAGGUCACCCUGGAGCAGUGCUGUCGAGAUGGUCACAGUCGUGGGACAGAGGGAGAAGACUGCUCCUCUCUCCCUCUGAUGUCGGACUCUGUCACAUGCAUGAUUGUCCGGGAGCAGUGCUGUCUGUCUGUGAUGGAGGACAACAUGUGCAGCUCUGGGAUCAACACAGCCAAGAUCCAGGGCCAGUGUGAGGCUCUGCUGACCGGGACCUGCGAGACCAAGACCACCAAGAUGUGCUGUGAGUGCUGCCUGGUGGGUAAAGCGCUCCAGGAGAGAGGCCUCCCCUGUGACCCUGAUCUGUCGGUCAGUUACCAGUGUGGGCUGGUGUCCCGGGCCUGCUGCGUGGACGGGCUCCAGGAGAACCAGACCGAGUCCACUGGGACCAAUGAGUUGCCGAACAAAGAUGCCACUCCAGAAAUCGAAGACAACUCGGUGGGAUCCGACCAAUGCAACGGAGCCUGCGCUCACCAGUGUGUGGGCAACAACACCUGCAGCUGCCUCAAAGGAUACAAACUCAAACCUGACGCAAAGAACUGCGAUGAUAUAAACGAGUGCUUGUUGGGGGUCAGUAACUGUCGUACAGGACAGCGCUGCAUCAACACCGAGGGGUCGUAUCGUUGUCAGCGCGAGGUCAGCUGCGGAACGGGCUACGAGCUAACGGACGCUAACGACUGCGAAGACAUAAACGAGUGUGAGACCGAGAUCCAUAACUGUGGUCCAGAGUUCGAGUGUCAGAACACUCAGGGCUCGUUCCGGUGUCUGCCCAAAGUCAAGUGUCCUGCAGGAUUCAUCCAAGACGCACUGGGAAACUGCAUCGAUAUAAACGAGUGUGUGAGUCAGAGUAGCCCCUGUCACAGAGGACACCUGUGCAUCAACACUGUGGGCUCCUACACCUGUCAGAGGAACUCCGUCAACUGUGGCCGAGGAUACCACCUGAACCCGGAGGGCACGCGCUGCACUGAUAUUGAUGAGUGUAAGAACCCUGACAAAGUGUGCGAGGGCCACGGCUGCGUGAACCUGGUGGGAUCGUACCGCUGUGAGUGUGAGGCCGGAUACAUCUUCAACAGCAUCAGAAGGACCUGCGAGGAUGUGAAUGAGUGCAGGCACUACCCCGGACGCCUCUGUGCCCACAAAUGUGAGAACACUCUGGGGUCUUACAAGUGCAGCUGCACCACAGGCUUCAGGCUGGCAGCUGACGGCAGGAACUGUGACGAUUUGAACGAGUGCGCUGAGAAUCCCUGCAGUCAGGAAUGUGCCAACGUCUAUGGUUCGUACCAGUGCUACUGCCGCAGAGGGUACCAGCUGAGCGACGUGGACGGCAUGACGUGUGAAGACAUCGAUGAGUGUGCGCUGCCCACUGGUGGCCACAUCUGCUCCUACCGCUGCCACAACACUCCAGGAAGCUUCCACUGCUCCUGCCCCGUCAGCGGCUACACCCUGGCUCCCAACGGACGCAGCUGUCAGGAUGUGGACGAGUGCGUGACGUCGACGCACACGUGCAGCGUGGACCAGAGCUGCUUCAACAUCCAGGGAGGGUUCAGAUGUCUGUUUUUCGACUGUCCUUCAAACUACCGCAAAGUGGGAGAGACUCGAUGUGAACGUUUGCUUUGCAAUGAGUCUGUGGAGUGUGUGGCCAGCCCCCUGAGAAUAACCCACUACUACCUCACCUUCCCCACCAACAUCCCCGUCUUCACCAACAUCUUCCGCAUGGGCCCGUCCCAGACCCUGCUGGGGGACGACCUCCAGAUCGCCAUCACCGCGGGCAACCAGGACGGCUUCUUCCGGACCGACCGCUCGCCCACCGGAGGCGUCCUGUCCGUGGCCAAGCUCCUGACCCGGGCGCAGGACUUUGAGCUGUCGGUGGAGCUGAGGCUGAGGAGGUUCGACUCCCUCAGCACGUACCUUGCCAAAGUGCAUGUGUUCGUGACCAAGGACGAGCCCGCGGUGCCGUACAACCCUCUCCUGGAGUGA